CGUGUGUGCCCCGCUGACCCGCGCGCGACGCGAGCAGUUGAACAAUUGCGACGCCCUCUAGCCACUGGAACCACAUUGUAAUAUUGCUUGAUGCAAAGUGAUGGCUUCCGUGCAGUCCUUUUCGCCCUCCAGCGGGCUACAUUCCAUCACUGUUGACAGCCAAUUGGCCGCGCAGCACCUGGCAAAAAACAACGAUGGGCGCGAGAACGUCUUCCAACGUGUAGCGCCCGGAGAAGCGCUGGGCAGCUCCAACGACCAAGUCGUCGUGGUUAAAAACUCCAGCUGCUCAAAAAUAGACCUGCUCAUCGCGGACCUGGUGUACCGCGUGGACGAGGAUUUAGUGAAGGCUCUCAACACCUUUUUGCUGCACGAGGAGGCGCCAUUCGGCGGCUACUACUUCGUCUGGGAUGCUGCGCAGGAGCUACAGCGCCUCACCGCCAAGAAGUCCAACAAGGCGGCAGCACUAAAGGGCUUCCUCGGCAGCUUUGCGCAGCAGUACGGCUUCAGCGUCGCGGCGUUUGAGGAGUGGCAGGAAGUCAUGUACGCCAAGAACCGCCGGGACCACACGGGCUACCCACUGGAGACGCGGACCGAGGACCUGACCUUCCUCCGCGGCUUGAUGGACAAGGCCGACAGCUGCAUCCAGCCGUACAAAAACGCCGUGUUCGCGCUUGUGGUGGCAGCGGAGAAGAUGAGUCUGAAGUAGAGGCCAAAGGGUAUGGCCGGCGACGAGGAGGAGGAUCAGGGUGCGGCACCUGAGGAGCCGCGCGGGCAGCAGGCGCGGAGGAUGCCUGCGGGGAUGUAUGGAGAAGAUCGAGGUAGCGGGCUGGCUGCAAGGAUAUGUACGGUGUUGAGCCCAGCGUGAUGGUAAUGAAUUGAGGGGCGCGUUCUUACACAAUCAAAUUCGUGCACAUCGCAUGCAUGUUAAAAGUGCUAGUGUGAACGCAGCAGGAGGGGCUCGCGCCCCAUGUCUGGCCCGCUGCGGGCGUCCACAGUUCUGGUACGGUAUGCCAGUCAUGGCUGGUCUGCCAUGCAGGGCACGGCAGGCGAGGUUCGCGUGUAGGGCGGGUGGCCCAUUGCAUGGUUUUUGGGUGAAGCAUGCAUGUCGUGGUUAGGUGCCCGAAAGAUAUGUAGGGUGUUCAGCAGAGCUGGGCGGGGGUCCUCGGGUAGCGAGUGAGUGCGAGUGGGAGCCGUACGUAUUGAGUCCUGAUGCAGUCGGCCAGGGGUUACUCACGGGUGUAGAAGCAUGGCACGGUGCGCCCACACGCUGUGCAAGUGUGCAUGGUCGAGUGCUGCAUGCUGAAUCGAGCGAUCAGCAGCGCCGAGUGAGUACUGAGUCAGUGGCUAGAAGCAGAACUAAUUGGAUGGGCCACAGAAAGGCAAGGGGCCAAGGGCCCCGCGGUCAGACUUCAGCAUAUAGACUCGCGUUGUUUAUCGCACACCACUUUCGUGUUGCAUGGCAUAACGAUGACUUGACACUGUAUGCAAGGCAGACCGAUAGAAAGUGGCU